CUGCCAUUUAUUAUCACCCCACAAUUACAAUCCGACAAACAAAACUCAAGUCCACAUAUUCAAAGGGCGUUAUUUUGUGAAUUAUGGAUUACCCGCGACCACCAGAUCCAAAUUAUCCAUCAGCCCCGACGUCAGAAAUGUGCUGGAUGCCAGUUCCACCAAUGCAACCACCAAUUCAGCCGCUGAUACAACCUACACCUAUGCCGCCACCCUUGCCGCCACCAAUACAACCCCCAGAUAAUCCAUGGAUGCAAGAUUAUCCACCGCCGCCGCCGCCAGAUGGGCCUUGGAACCGUCCGCCUCAAGAGUGGUCUCCCGGUUAUCCUCCUCAUCCCGAAUGGCAGCCCCACUACGCUCCAGCUGGGGGGCCUCCGCAAUGGGUACCGCCAAAUUGGGGAUCAGGAUACCCCCCAAGUGGGCCAUGGGCUCCUCCUUAUUCAUCAGAUCCGCCUCCAUACAUUCAGCCCAGAAGAAACAGUCCUCCCUUCUCAGGGAUACCACCACCACCCCCCUAAAAAUACAUACAGAGACUUAUGGAUCCCCUAGCUGCACAUUAGACCUCUGUAUUUUUGAUGAUUUUACUGAAAUAUAACAUGUAUAUUAAU